GCAGUUUACAACAUCUCGUUCAUGAAAGCAAAGAAGAAGAGUCCCGUCGAACCCACAUCACGAGUUUCCUCAAAAUGGACGACUUCCUCGAUCUCGACACAUGCACCCCUGUGCUCAUACUCUCAUAUCUCAUCCUUGGACUCCUAUUCCUUCUGACAAUGGAUACCGGGCUAGGGCUUGUUUCUGUACGGGUUUAUUGCUCGCGAGAUCCGGUGUUGCAUUUGGAUUGUGUGUGACGAAGCACUCUUUCAUUCAUCUCGAUAUCUUUAAUUCCCUAUCAAUAUACCCCUCAUUCCCUUCCGGGCUCUAAUACGGCC